AUGCGGAUGGUGUUUUUCGCUGCCGGCAGGGGAAAAAAUUUGCAGCCGUCGUCACUGUACUGUCCAGAGAUUGCCGGUGGAGAAGAAAAAAGGAUAACUCGGAGAAAGGAAAUGGUUCGGCGCCGCAAACCGCAAAAAUUCCGGCAUUGCGUUGCGCCGUUCUUUCUGAUUACACCUCCGUUGCUGAGUGAAGUGUUCUGUCCCAGAUUGACACUUGAUGAGUAUGAACGCAUUAAAAUUAAAAGGCUCGGCUGGAAGACUAAGGCACAGGGACCAAUGGCCAUUGCUUUUAGCGGUCCGAUAUUUGCAGGGCGCGACGUUAUGAUAGCAGCACUGCUGGGCGCGGAUGAAUUUGGCAUGUCCACAGCUCCGUUAAUAGUUCUUGGAUGUAUCAUGAUGAGGAAGUGUCAUCUGAAUACCUGCCCAGUGGGUAUCGCCACUCAGGAUCCAGUUUUGCGAGCUAAAUUCAAAGGAGAGCCAGAGCAUGUGAUAAAUUUUAUGUUUAUGGUUGCUGAAGAAGUGCGAUAUUUCUUGUCUAAGUUAGGCUUACACAAGUUGCAGCAAUUCCAGGAAGCGGUGGGGCGGGUUGAUUUGCUUUAUGCAAGUCCAAGUCCUAUCAACAAAAAAGCCACUAUGCUGGAAUUUGGCAAUAUCUUGCUGAAUGUUAAACAGCUAUUCCCGAAUCAUGACUUGCGUGGUGGCAUCAUCAAACAGGUUUGCUGGAAGAAAAUUUCUAAAAUUUUCUUUUUAACUGGUUGA